AAGCUACCAUAUAUCAUAUUUUAAAACACAAGAAUGGCUGGUGAAGGAGGCAACUCAAUGGGGGACUCCCCCUCUCGUUCGAGCCGAUUUCUGGCAGCUGUAUUUUAUGGAAUAUGUUCGAUUAUGAUUGUGUUUAUCAACAAGUCAGUCCUGACAACUUACAAAUUUCCUUCGUUCCAGAUGGUUGGCUUGGGCCAGAUGCUGUCAACAAUUGUCAUACUAUUCAUAGGUAAAAGUUUGGGCAUCAUCAGCUAUCCUGAUUGGAACUGGCAUAUUCCAAAAAAGAUAUUUCCGUUGCCUCUUAUCUACAUCUUGAAUCUUGUGUUUGGAUUAGGAAGCACACAACGUCUCAAUCUUCCCAUGUUUACAGUACUGAGGAGAUUUUCCAUCCUCUUCACCAUGAUUGCAGAAUUCUUAAUUUUAGGAGUAAGAGCUUCAACCAAGGUCCAGGUGGUCGUUAUUUCUAUGAUUAUUGGUGCUAUCAUUGCAGCAAGCGAUGACUUGGCCUUUGAUGCAUUAGGGUAUUUCUUCAUUCUAACCAACGAUGUCUUCACAGCAGCGAACGGGGUGGUCAUGAAGAAGAAACUCAAUUCUAAGGAGCUGGGGAAGUACGGUAUCCUGUACUACAAUGCCAUCUUCAUGUUCCUCCCUACCCUGGCCGUGUCCUACUUCACAGGCGAUCUUGACAGGGCCAUGGCGUUCCAGAGCUGGGGAGAUACCACGUUCCAAGUUCUCUUCUUCCUCUCGUGUGUGAUGGGGUUUGUGUUGAUGUAUUCAAUAGUAAUGUGCACCAGUCUCAACUCAGCAUUAACGACAACCAUUGUAGGCUGUCUAAAGAAUUUGUGUGUGACAUAUGCAGGGAUGUUCAUAGGAGGGGACUAUAUUUUCAGUUGGACAAACUUCAUUGGGCUCAACAUCAGUGUGUUUGGAAGCAUAGUAUAUUCUUACUUCACGUUCAUUGAGAAACAACCACCAUCUAAACCAGAACAGACAGCUCAGAAAGGCAGUGUGGAGAAUGGGACGAUUAGAGUAUGACCCAUGCUGGACCACGCCACAUCUAGACCUGGGGCCCGUUUCACAAAGCCUUUUUUCAAUGACAAAUGACAAAAUCAGUGACAAAUCUACUGAUAACCAAUCAGAAGCAAGGAUUUCACUAGCCUAUAACAAAAACUGUCAUUUGUCACUGAUGACAAGUUUUGUGAAAUGCCCCCAGGUCUAUAAGUGAAUGCAUGGACCUACAACGAUAAUUCAAAAGGUAUGGUUCAGGCAGGACCAGCCAUCCUGGACCUGGUUUAUCAGAUAUAGAACUACCACUUAAUAGAUGUAGAAGGAGUCUAGUAAAGCAUGAACCAGGCUGGACCAUCCCCGGCUAGACCUGUUCUAUCAGUGGUUUGUUGGACCUACAACAUUCUUGACCCUGUCGGAGAUGACGAUCGGUUGUAGAACUUCCAUUGCAUGGACCUAUACUCAAUUGUAGAUGUGGCCAGUAACAUGGGACAAAAUAGCUUGGACCAGCCCAUUAAUAAGGCUGGAUAUAUAUGUUGUGCGGGAAAUGUGCACUCCUAAGGUGCAUGUUGUUUUGUUAGCCGGUAGUGGCCAUGGUAUUAUAGGUGAUGAAUUGCAUUUUACAAUCGUAUUUUAGGUUUUUCCUGGCGAUGCUUUAUUGCUGCAAUCUGAAGUUGAAACUCAUGUUCAGUUUUGGUAAGUCCUCCAAAACUCCUCGUCAAAUUUUAUACUACCUUGUAAGUCCCGUCAGCUUUCCCUCCAAACUAUGAGUAGUACAUGUUUCUUCUGAAUCUCUGUUAUAUGUAUAUGAUUUUUUUAAAUAAUUUAGAAACCAUCCUGGGAUGAACAAAUUCUAAUGACAGUAACCUGCACUACUCACAUGUAAACCUAUGGCAACUGUGAGUAUACGCUACAGUUGACACACACCUUGUCUCUUAGAGCGCUGAGAUUAAUCCAUCAGGGUGGAAGGGUCCUAGCAUAGGGGAGUGUAUAGCCUUUAUCUAGCAUUCCCUGCAGAUAUUUACACUAGUCUACAUGUACAAUUCACCGGAAAUCAUGGAUAGCAUACUAAAUGAUUUCACACAUGUAUCUUUUGAUUCAAGGAUAACCCCAUGAGACUAUAUAUUUAACAUUUUUCUUUCCAAUUUUCUUUUGCUACCUUAAUUGUACAUGAGCUGUUAAAUAUAGACUGAUUCUUUUUACUACAAAAGACAUUUUACAUUUUGAAAUUCAACUUCAAAGAGGCUCAAGUUUGGUGAUGGGAAUACAUAAAAGUUAUGGGUGACAGUGAAGUUUGCAAAUGUUUACUGGUAUGUUACCUGAGAAUCUUAUCACAGUUGCAGGUUUCAGGCUUAUGCCUUUUUGAUGCGAGAUCGUGUAGGGUAAAUAUUUAAGAUAAGGCUGUAAUCCCGUGUGACGUUUUAAAUAAUGAUUGUCUUUAAUAUAUUUAUAUGACAGAAUAUAAAUACAUGUACAGUUUAUCAUGUGUGUGCAAGUGUACAUAAAAUUUGUAUAUAUAUCAUAUGAAUAAUGAAAAUGCAUGAAAUGACAAUUGAGCCCUACCAACUCUAUUUUAAUGAUUUCAAGAUCAGAUUUUGUAUUUUUCUACAUUGCCAAAGCUGAUAUGAAAAGACAUGUAUAUGAGUCGAAAAUUCUGAAUAUACUAUGCUCUAAUGAAGGAUUUUUGUUUAAUUUUAGGGGUGAAUACAGUGUUUGUUUACAAUAGAUUCAUAGACUGGUGGUAUGCAUGCAUUAUUUCUUUAGAUAUUCUGUAUAUGCAAUGUAGGGUACAUACAGGGUAUAUUUGCAUUUUUUAUAUUUUUUAACCUUGCACCUUGAGUGAUGUCUUUGGAUAACAUUCAUGCUACCUUCCACAACCAAUGUGCACAGUUUUACAU